AUGGCGAGCAAUGAAAGCAAUGUUGCAGUUAAACAUUUAGGCGGAAAGUUAUGCAAGCAUUUCAUUUUUAAGCUAAAUGCUGAUGGCAAAGUAGAGGAUGGCAACAAAGUUUACUGCAUUCACUGCAAUAAACAAUUGGCUUUCCGUGGUUCAAAUACAUCGCUGACGUACCACCUACAGCACAAACAUCCACUCAAGUAUCAACACGUUGUCAACAGUGACUGGCAGAAGAGUUCUCCAGUACAACCAAUAUCUAAUUUCAUGUCUCAGUCAAACAAGCCUGUAAGUGCCAAAGUUUCUGCAGACUUGAAAAUUGCUAUUGCUCAGUGGAUUGCCAGUUCAGGACGUCCGACGGCAAUUGUGGAUGAUGAUGGACUACAAACAGUACUACGUAUAGCUCUUCAAAACCAGACUUAUAAUUUACCCAGUCGCCGUACAAUCGACGCUGUGAUUGGUCAGAUGUACAACGAGAAGCUAACGCAGCAUAAGAAAGCUAUAGAAAGCAUUCACAGUAUUGCUCUCACUACUGACUUUUGGACCUCAAACAACAAUGAAUCAUACUGUGGUAUAACGGGACACUGGAUUGAUUCCGACUGGAAACUGACAUCAGUAGCUUUAGGAUGCUUACUUGUUGAUGAAAGACACACUGCUGAAAACGUUGCCGGUUUCUAUAAAGAGUUUGCUGCAACAUGGAACAUCAGCGAUAAAAUAUGCUGUAUCAUAACGGACAAUGCACGAAACAUGGUUGCUGCUAUUGGACAAACGGAUUUCAGUCACAUACCAUGUAUCGCACAUUGUCUUCAACUUAGCAUAUUAGCAGGUUUGAAGGCAGCUGACUCUUCACCUCUUGUGGCAAAAUGUCGACACUUAGUUGGACAUUUCAAGCACAGCUCGGCCAACACAUCUGAACUGAAGAGCAGCCAUUCCAGUGUCUCUUCGUCAAAAGAUGUCAUGUUCCACAAAUUGCAGCAGGAUGUGGCAACUCGGUGGAACAGUACCUACAUAAUGUUAGCCAGAUUGUUGGAAGUCAAAGAUGCCGUAAUGCAGUAUCACAUCGAUCAUCCAAAAAACUACAGUGGACCUAAACUGACAGAGUCAGAUUGGGACAAAAUGGCCAAAUAUACAUCAGUCUUAGGUUCACUUGCAGAUGCUACGGAAUAUGUUGGGGGUGAACAAUAUGCAACAUGUUCUGCCGUUCUUCCAUUACUGGCCUUUUUGCGUAGACUGUUAAGGAUUAAUGAUGAUGAUCCAGGUUAUAUUGGACGAUUCAAAACUGCAACAUUAAACGACUUUUCAAACAGAAUUGAAGACAUUGAUGCUUUAACAAUGUUGCAAAUGGCUGUGGCCUUGGAUCCACGUUACAAGAAACUGACCUGUCUAAGAAGAGAGAAACACGAAGAAGUGUGGACAACAUUGUCGAAUGCAUUCAGGGCCUUCCACGAUAGAAGACAGCCAGCAGGAUGUCCAACAGGCUUAGAAGAAAGCAAUGAUGGCACAAAAGUAAAAGUAGUACCUGUGCCGAAGAAACAAAAACUUACUCUGUUGCUGAGCGACUCUGAAUCGCAGUCCUCAGCUGAUGAAUCAGAUGCAGAACACAGUGCACAGGCCGAGUUGAUGCGCUACCAAGUAGAAGAUCCCAUUCCAGAAACAGAGGAUUCUCUCAUGUGGUGGAAACUCAAUAGCCAUCGUUUUCCUGGCCUAAGCAGCUUUGUGCAGACAAUACUUUGUGUACCGGCAACAUCUGUUCCGUGCGAAAGACUGUUUAGUUCAUCUGGCUAUAUUGUAAAUAAAAUGCGCUCGUGUCUGCUACCAGAAAAUGUUAACACUCUGCAAUUGCUAUGUGAGUGUGGGCGCAGAACUUGGAGUAUGCGAUUAAAACCAGCUGCCAAAGAGAAGGCUCUUGAUGAGAUAAAACUCUCAGCGGACUUUACAGUGAAUGGGUGCUUCCAGCCUUGCCAGCGGGAUCAGAUGCUGAUCUGCACAAGUUGGACAUUCCAAAGGUCCUCAAAGCCUAUCUCGGGCUACUUCUACAUUCAGAAUCAUGAAGAUUUAAAGAGUGAGGGGCUUCGGCCAGAACCAUCUCGGCCUGAAUAG